UUGCGCUUCAUCCGCACUUCCGGUUUCCGGUCGGCACCCGCCCCGCUCCGCCAUCAUUAAGUCCUGAACAAAAAGCGAAUGAGACAGGAAAAGAAAAACAGGGAUGGACCCGUCGAUGACAGAAAGAGGCGAACCGAGCGCACGACACCGACGGCAUGACAAGAAAAUGAUGAAAACACGCGCGGCGGAGGCGGAAUUUCGGACCGUGAUUUAAAAGUGUUCGUUGUGCUUGACAGUCAGCUGAUCCGAGUCCGUUAACGGUUAACGGCAGUAUUAUUCCUACGUUUCAUCAGCACAUUAUCGGACCCAAUACGUUAGAAAUAGAUGGAUCGCUAUCCGGAUCGAUCGCUUUUUGUGAAGUGAAACGGCGGAGAAGAGGCCAGAUUUUCCUCUGCAGGCCAGGAGCUAGCUGACUCAAGCUAGCUACAGUGGAUCCCAUAAACCACGGCGCUGGCCAUGCCGUCGAGUGUGCGGGCUGGGAGUCUCAAGGACCCGGAGGUGGCGGAACUUUUUUACAAGGAGGAUCCUGAGAAGCUCUUCACAGACCUGCGUGAGAUCGGCCAUGGCAGCUUCGGAGCCGUCUACUUUGCCCAUGACAUCCGCACCAAUGAGGUGGUGGCCAUCAAGAAGAUGUCCUACAGUGGCAAGCAGUCUAAUGAGAAAUGGCAGGAUAUUAUCAAAGAGGUGAAGUUCCUUCAAAAGCUGCGGCACCCCAACACUGUGGAGUAUAGAGGCUGCUACCUGCGCGAACACACAGCAUGGCUGGUGAUGGAGUACUGUUUGGGCUCUGCCUCGGAUUUGCUGGAGGUGCACAAGAAACCAUUACAGGAAGUGGAGAUAGCAGCAAUUACCCAUGGUGCAUUGCAGGGCUUGGUGUACCUCCACUCGCACAACAUGAUUCACAGGGAUGUGAAAGCAGGGAACAUCUUACUGACAGAGCCUGGCCAGGUCAAACUGGGAGACUUCGGAUCCGCCUCCAUAGUUGCUCCAGCCAACUCAUUUGUGGGCACACCUUACUGGAUGGCUCCAGAGGUAAUUCUCGCCAUGGAUGAAGGACAGUAUGAUGGGAAGGUUGACGUGUGGUCACUCGGCAUCACCUGCAUAGAGCUUGCGGAGAGAAAGCCUCCCUUGUUUAACAUGAAUGCUAUGAGUGCCUUAUACCACAUCGCCCAGAACGAGAGCCCAGUCCUGCAGUCCAAUCACUGGUCAGAUUAUUUCCGCAACUUCGUAGACUCUUGUCUGCAGAAGAUCUCCCAGGACAGACCUACCUCUGAUGUGCUGCUUAAACAUCACUUUCUGUGCCGCGAGCGUCCGGUGACGGUGGUGAUGGAUCUGAUAGCGCGCACUAAAGACGCCGUGAGGGAGUUGGAUAACCUGCAGUAUCGCAAAAUGAAGAAGAUCCUCUUCCAGGAGACGCACAAUGGGCCUGCCACCGAGGGCACGGAGGAGGAAGAGUCUUGUGUGUUUCAGGAUGUGGAGCAGUACAUGUUGCGGACGGGCACCGUGAACAGCAUGGAGAGCUCUCAUUCACUGCCAUCCAUGUCUAUCAGUGCCAGCUCCCAGAGUUCCUCAGUGAACAGCCUCGCCGAUGGGUCAGAUGACAGCGGAGAGAUGGCCAUGAUGCAGGAGGGCGAGCACACCGUGACCUCCAACAGCUCUGUGCUGCACAAAGCACUGAAUCAUGACAACAUCUAUGACGACCCCUACCAGCCAGAGAUGGACUCCCAGCAGCAGCAGCAGCAGGGCCCGUCUGGGGGCCGCAGACGCAGAGGACGAGACCACUUCGCCACCAUCCGCACGGCCUCUUUGGUAACCCGUCAGAUCCAGGAGCACGAACAAGGCUCAGCGCUGAGAGAGCAAAUGUCUGGAUACAAGCGCAUGCGGAGGCAGCAUCAGAAGCAGCUGAUGGCGCUGGAGAACAAGCUGAAGGCCGAGAUGGAUGAACAUCAGCUCAGGCUCGAUAAAGAACUGGAGACGCAGAGGAAUAACUUCGGCAGCGAAGCAGACAAGCUCAGCAAGAAGCACCAGGCCAUUCUGGAGAAAGAGACGAAAGGUGCUAUUGCAGAAGAGAAGAAGUUUCAACAGCAUAUCUUGGGUCAGCAGAAGAAAGAGUUGACUAGCUUGCUGGAGUCUCAGAAACGCCACUAUAGGCAGCGAAAAGAGCAACUGAAAGAGGAACUCAAUGAGAACCAGUCAACGCCAAAACGAGAGAAGCAGGAGUGGCUUGUUCAACAGAAGGAGUGUCUCCAACAGGUCCAGGCAGAGGAAGAGGCAGGGUUACUGCGCAGGCAGAGGCAAUACUAUGAACUGCAGGGACGCCAGUAUAAGAGGAAGAUGCUGCUGUCACGUCACAACCUGGAGCAAGACCUGCUCAGAGAGGACCUGAACAAGAAACAGACAUUGAAGGACCUGGAAUGUGCCAUGUUGCUCCGCCAUCAUGAGUCAACUCAGGAGCUGGAGUUCAGACAGCUGGCUCUAGUGCAGCGCACACGGGCUGACCUGAUCCGCACACAGCAUCAGACCGAACUCACCAACCAGAUGGAGUAUAACAAACGGCGUGAGCAAGAGCUGCGGCAAAAGCACGCUGUUGAAGUCCGCCAGCAGCCCAAGAGCCUGAGAGUGAGUGACUCAGACAUCACAGAGAAUACCACAGAAGGGGCGGGGCUUGAUAUUGAAGGGGUUGAGCCACAGGAUGAAGAGAAGAGGGAUGGAGAAAAGAUAGAUGGGGAUGAGAUGCAGCCUUUAGGUGCUGUUGAAGAGACGUCUGAGCAAGAGAUGAGGGAAGUAAAUGUUCUUGAGGAAAAUGACACUGAAGAGACGUUAACUGACCAAUGUGAUGUAAUAGACAGUGAAGGAAAAGUGGAAGAGUUGGCAGAAUCAGCUGACAAUGUUAAUGAAAGUGCAGAUAAAUCACCUAAAAUUGCAGAUGAAGAGCAGGUUGAGGACAAAAUUGAUAAUGAUCUUAGACAAGUAGAGGGUCUUCAGUGGGAUGGCGAAAGUGAGUCAGAUUCUGCGGAAGAGGAUAGAGGCGUCGCUGAUGGCUGUCCGUCAGAGCUAAUACCCGGCCCUUCUUUUGAGCGCCGCCCUCUUGAACGGGACCUAGAUGAACUCUCGGAGUUCUACUUCCCGGAUACAUUAGAGGAGCUGGAGCCUCCACCGGUCUACAUACCUCCCUCUCCAUCCUCCUCUUCCCAACCUUCCCUUCCCUCACUCUUUUCUCAUGCGAUCUGCCUCGUUCUUUCACUGUCCGCUGCAGUGCAGCCAUCCGUCCUCACGCUUCUUUUACUUUCCAUCUUUCUGCUUUCCUUGCGUCGUUCGCCUCCACUUCCAUCACUUGCUUCAAUCCUUCUUUCUGGGGAACUUGCUUUCCUGGCGCUCUUCUUUUCCUACUUAUUCCUGCGUUCCUGCUGCUCUCUCUCGUUUUCCACCUACCUCUUGCUAACAUAUUGGGGCUCAGGCCUGUUCAGUUUAGCUUUGUCUUUAAGCUUGGGACUCUACUACGUCCCCAUAGCUCUGAUCUCUGCAUCGUUUCUCAGCUCGCCUUCCCUUUUCCUCACUCUCUACCUUAUUGUGGUCUUGGUCGUCCGGCCGGCAAGGGUUUUCCUCCAGAACACCCCACGCAAACUCAAUCGCCUGUGGAUGCGAGUUCUCUUCCGCUUGCCAAAGCCGCUUUUCACUGUUUGCCAGUCUGUUCUGGGUGGCCUGACCGAGCGCAGCCUCUACGACAUGUUUCCCAAAGCUGGACGCAAUUGGGGAGGACGGCAGUCCAGGAUCCCUGUGCCUUUAAAGAGCCUCCAUACUGCGCAGUAUCAGGCUAAAAGCAAACACUCUCUUCUGUUUGCUCGGAUCCUCCUUAUGGGGCGCAGGUUUGUCCGUCGGCCUCUCGGCACUCUCACAGACCUGGCUAACUCCAUGGUGCUGCAUAUAGCCAAACGUGUGCUGAAGGAGCUGCCGCAGAAUUACCUGAAACGCCUGCAGGAGUUCGGGUUGCUCCGCAAGGAGAAAACCAGCAAGCUGCCGGUUCUCCUGCCACGAAUGGUGCGGGAACACAGGAGGAGGAUGAGGGAGAGGAGAGAGACGGAGAGAAGGAGACGAGUGGAGAGAGAGCGGAUGUACAGGGAGGAGGGCAGGUGGGAGAGUGUUUUGAGGAGAACCGCUUCAGGGAGGAGCUUGAAAGGAAAAAUGGUGCCUUGGAGAUAGCUUGAGACAAGGGAAUGAAGGUAUGCGAGCACGCACAUGCCAUUGUUUCUCUGAUUUGAUUUAGAGCACUCAGUUGAGACAACAAACCAUAAGAGUGACUUCAACUUUAGGACGCGUGAAGAUAUUCUUAAGACAUCUGAUUCUUUUCUGUCCCCCUAAUGAAAAUCCAAGUUGCUAAAUUUUAAAGUUGAUUAAUGUUUAAUUUCAGGUCUUGCGGAGAGUUUUUUUUUUUCCGCAUGGAUUAAAGCACUCGGUUCAUGUGGAUCUGUUUAAUGAUAGCUUUUUUGAUCUUGUAAAAUUUAGUUUACAGGAUUUUCAUUAGAGGAACGGGAUUUUAGCAUCCAAUAUCUUAAAUAGUGUUUCACUCGAGCAGACUCUUAAGGAGAUAGUUCAACCGAUAAUGAGAAGUUUAACUUCAUUUACUCACAAACAAGUUGUUCUUUCCUUUGUUGAGCACAAAACGGGAUAUCGUGAAUCAAUAUCCUUCGACAUCCAUAGCAGAAACCGGAAUACUAUGGAAGUCAAAGGCUGCUGCUUUCAUACGUACUUCAAAAUGUUGUCUUUUGUGUUCAGCAGAAGAAAGUCUGAACAAAUCGAGUAUAAUAUAGAGUAAAUGAUGACAGAAUUUUCAUUUUUGAGCGAACAAUCCCUUUAAGGCUGUUGGACAACAUGAGGGUUAGCUGAAGACGACACGGUUUUUAUUUUGGGUGAACUACCCCUUUAAGAUUUAUGUACUGUUUUAUUUCAGCUCACUCAAUCACAGUCGGUUGCCAGUGAAUGGAAAGCUUUAGUCGAUUAUUGUGCUUUUUGUAAAAGUUUCUGGGUUUUAUUAUUAUUAUUAUUAUUUUUAACUUUUGUUUUAUUCUCAAAUAGCAAGAGCUAUAAGUGUUAUGGUGAUUUUUAAAGCCAUGUCUGUGCAAUCUUGAUUGAGUUUUCGUUUUGAAGGGGGUCUUAAUUUCUACAAUGCAAUUGUAUUUUAUUGUUACACCAAAGUGAUCUUGGGAAAACAAUAACAACAACCAUCAUAUGCCUUUCAGUUAAGCCAUGCAUGUUUAAUGCAAAAUAGUUUUCCACCCGUACUGUGAAUGUGGAUUAUAAUACAGUGCUUUACACUAUAGAUCUGCCCAAAAAAUGCAACACUACAAGCUUAUUCAACCAAAAGUGCAAUAGAAGGUUAAAUAUUAAGCACCACCAUUUUACCUACUUUUCAAAAGCAUACUCAUUAAAAAAAGUAGAAUUUUAUUGAAAUCAAGGCACCACAUUUUCUCGAAAUCAGUGUUUCGUAUUAUUUCAGACUCUUCAGAACCACUAAAAGCAGCUAAAAUACAUAUUCAGAGAUUUUAAGAGUCCUUUCACUGGAGGUUUAGGAGGCAAGGCCUCAUAAAUGACAAUCAAAUGCUUGAAUUAUAUCUGUGUCCUUGCCAAAAUGCUCAAUUUCACUCCAUCAGACGGACGAGCCAUCCUAAAUGCUGUUCAGAUCUGCCACUUUAGCAGUGAACUUUAUUGAAUGUUGAUGUUAAUUUAAACCUUAAUAACUUUAGACUAGAGAUAUAGGUGAUCUGUUAUUCAUUUAGUAUAUAAUAUAUACAGUUUUAUAGAGAAAAAAAUGUUAAGGGGGAAUCUGCUAUUUUCCUGUUGUAUUACUACAUAUGAGGGUGAUUAUAAAUUAUAUACGUUUGUAUUUUAGGGCCCAGUUUAAUUUUACUCUGCAGUAUACACACAACUGUUUGAGGCCUGGCGAAUUUGGGUUUGUCUGUAUUUAGAAGAAUGUGUUAUUGCACUAGAGGCAAUGAUCUGAUCAUAUUUACCAUGUAAACAAGUGUUUCGGUCAUAUCCUUAUGAAGUGAGGCUUAGCCUGUUUAGAUGAAGCGGUUAUGCAAGACUUUAAAUGCCGUUUAACGAUUAAUCACACCUAAUUGCACACAAAAGAAAAGUUUGCGUUUACAUAACUGUACUGUGCAUCUUUGUGUAUUUAUAAAUGCACACAAAUAUGUGUGUACAUGUUUAAAAAUGUUUCUUUAUAUUUAUAUAUAAAAUAUUUUUAUAUACACAAAUUUUAUUUAAAUAUUAAUAUAAACUGUAAAAAGCAAUUAGUUGUCUUUACUUUAAAAAUGUGAGUAGACCCAUUACUUUUAAAAUGAUUAGUUGACUUGACUUGAUAAAUUAUGUAAACCCACUGGUUUUAAAGCGGUUACUUGACUUAAUAAAGCGAGUAAACCCAUUGAUUGUAAAGCGAUUAGUUGAUUCAAUUUAAUAAAGUCAGUACAGUCAUUGCUUUUAAAGCGAUUUGUUGAAUGAAUGAACUGAGUAAACCCAUAACUAUUAAGUCGAGUCAAUCACUUUAAAAUCAAGUAAAUCCAUUGCUAUUUAAAGUGAUUAGUUGACUCAACUCAAAGUAAACCUUUUCCUUUUAAAACGAUUUGUUGACUAAAUAAAAUGAUUAAACCCAUUGAUUUUAAAGUGGUUAGUUGACUUAAUAGUAAGUAAAUCUGUUGCUUUUUAAAACGAUUAGUUGACAUAAUAAAACGAGUAAACCUAUCGAUUUUAAAGCGACUCAACCUUCUAAACCUACUAAAGUGCAGCCAUUGCUUUUAAGUGAUUUGUUUACUCGACUCAAUAAAGUGAGUAAACCCAUUGAUUGUAAAGCGAUUAGUUUAUUUGAUUUAUUAAGGUAAGUACAGCCAUUGCUUUUAAAGCGAUUAAUUGACUUGACUUAAUAAAAUGAGUAAACUCAUUGAUUUUAAAGCGGUUAGUUGACUUAAUAGUGAGUAAAUCUGUUGCUUUUUAAAGCGAUUAGUUAACUCAACCUACUAAAGUACAGCCAUCGCUUUAAAAAGCGAUUAGUUGACUU